GUUGUCAUCCCCCUUCCAUUGCGUGGGCACAAUCAGGGCAUUGCUCUUGCACCCCAAAAAGCAACAGUUUAAGAACACCCCCUGAGCAGUGCUGAGAGUGACUUGUGGUUGGACUUGUGUUAUUUUGGGGAGCUUCCACAUGGCUGCAGGUCCCUCUCAUCCCUUGAGUGGUUUCAGAGCCCAUGAGCAGCGGUCCAGAGCUCUGCUGGGGUUCAUUUCCACGAUGCUGUGCCUGCCAUCCUGGCAGCAGAAUCACCCAGGGCUUGGAGGGGCAAAGGGAGUGCGCAGAGAGGAUGGGGGGUUCUCUCUCCCCUUUCUUGGCUCAAGCAGCAGUGUGGCUGCAGUACUGAGUGGCUGCAGUACUGAGUUUUGAGUGAUUCUAUUCCAAAAGUUAUCAGAUCUUUUGAGAAGUCUUGUCCUGAUGGUGUUUCCAGGAAAUUUUUGGGGGUGAGGAAAGGAGAUGUUGGAAGGUUGAUUGUUCUUCUCCACCAGAACUAUGUGCAGGAUCCAAACCUGUGGAGCUGGACCUGUGUGGGAGGAGGGAUCUGCUCAGUGUGGGAAAGCUGUUCACAUCCUUUGUUAGGUAUAAUCACAGGUUAGUCAAGAUGGGGUCAGUCUCUGCUGUCCAGCACACACAGUCCUAAUUCCUCAUCACUUGGGUCACCAGGUCUGUAAUUGGCCCCUGGGGUGCAUGGAUGCAGCCUGGGGGUUUUCCAAAGCAAAGCCUGGUAUUUGAAGACUCAAGUGGAAGUGGGACAGGGGAGGAAGGGACACCGGCAGGCACCUGGCACAGGUAGAACGUGCUGGGAGCGGCCACAGAGGCUGGGACUCAAUGCUGGCAUUGCCAGACCCUGCCACAAUCCUUCCACAGUGUUCCUGCAGGAGGGAUGGCUCUGGACCCUUGGGCUCCUCCAGGUAACACAGGACUGAGCUCGAACUCUGCUUUUCUUUUUCCUCCCUUUAUGUUCUUCUUGCUUUUUCCUCCCCGCUGCUUCUUUCCUCUUUUGUCCAAAGCCCUUUGUUUUCUUCCCCUUUUCCUGCUCCCGUUUUGCCAGUCCUCCUUAUCCCAGCUUCAGGAGCGGGCAGAGCACUGCUGGGACAUUUGUGGCACCACCUGGACACAGUAUGUUUGCAGUGGGGUGUCCCAGGGUGUCCUUGGCCACGCCGUGCUUGGAGAACUGCAGCUCCCCUGACUGCCAUGAAAUCCUCCGUCGGCAGUGGGGUGACAGGGAUGGGACACACCGUGUCUGGAAUGCCAGAAGUCUGAACUGUGCAGUGUCAGACAAACCAGCAGCUGUUCCCAGCAUGAGAACAUUCCCAGUGCCGUCCCUGUGUGCUGCUCUGGCGGCACCCACGGGAAUACCGGGCAGCGGAGGAGCAAGGGAGGGGAAGCGGGUGGGGAAAGGGAAAGAAAAGGUUCCCGGCGGGGCUCCGGCAAAGCAGUUACCGGCUCUUUUUCGGAGCUUCAUUCCCCCUAGAGCUGCAGCUGGCACCUACCUAUGCGGCUGGCUUGUCCUCGCUCCUCGGCGUGGUCUCGGUGGCCCUGAUGCAAUAAGGGACUGUCCCCGUGUCUCAAAGUCGAGGGCUGGCUGAGGUCCCACCGUGCCCCUGCCAUCCUGGGCAGAUGCUAUCCUGUUCCCUGCCCCACUGCCAGGGCACUGGGAGGAGUCAGGGAGCUGGUGGCUGUGUAGCCAAGGAAUGCAGACAGCUCGACACACGAUGGUGCAGAUAAUUUAAAUUAAAUUUUAAUCUAGCAUGAAUUAAUACUGUGGCAUUAACAAUUCUUCAUCAGUACCAAUUACAGUACAUUAGCUGCUACUGCUGGAGAGCACAAUAGUCUCUAAUAUGCGUCAUUAAUGUGUAACAGAUCCCUCUGGGUCAUGCCUUACCCACCCUAGAUAAAAGCAGCCAUGGAGGCAGGCAGGGGCUUGCAGCCAGUGCACCCCUUUGGGGCUGGCUCUUACUCCAGGGCUAUCAUGGUACCAGUGGCACAGUGAUCCUGUGGCACUGCAGCUGGGGUUGGCAGUGGCCUCUCCAGCAUCACCAGGGUCAGGUUCAGUACUGCCACCUGCAGAGCCCCUCUCCCAGCUGAGCACAGUGUCCUCCUCCAUCCACAGAGGCCAGAGGCUUCAUUAUGGCUCUCAAACGGCUGGAGGAUGGCCAUGGUGGUCUGCAGGUGGGCUGGAACCCAGAGUCCUCCUUUUUCCUCUUCUCCUGAUGCACCAGCCCAGCAGACUUGGUGGGUGAGAGGGAGGGGAGAUGAGGCUGCCCUGGUGUGGGGUAAAGCAGCCUGGGGUGACUCCUCACUGGGCCAUGGCAUCACUCCAUCCACCUGCCACCACAGUUCCAUUUGCUGGGGUUCUUUUCCCCAAGGCCAAGGGGAAGAGCUGGUGAUUCAUCUGCCUGCGCCAUGCAGACGUGGCAAUCACAGAGAAACCCAGUGCUGGGGAAAAAAGGGGCUUUUCUUUCUAAUGGUCUGGUAAGAGAUGGAGAGGAUAGAUGGGAUUGAACUGAGAUGAGAUAAGAUGAGAUAUGAGAUGAGAUGCAAUAGUGGUCCUGCCCACAGUGGCUUGGUGGCCACCGGGGGCUGGCAAUGGCUCUGGGCUUGUGCCAAGGACCAGGCUGCAGCCAGGUUAAGGGGUCACAUUCUGUGGUGUCCUUGCUGGGAGCAGCACCCGGAGGUGAGUCCUGUGGGAAUGGGCACAGGCACAGGUCCCUGUGUAUGAUCCCAGGAGCAGCUCACAGAGGAGUGAGGUAGGUGCCCAGUGCCUGUGGAGUGGUGACAGCCCCCAGAGCUGGCACAGGGAUGGUGAUAGGCUCUGUGCUGUCUUCCCCUCUCCAGGCAGCGUCUGCAGGGCGAGAUGGCACGGCGGGCACUGGCACUGGCACUCUGCCUGUCCCUGUCUGCGGUGGCAUCUGCCGACUGUGUCACCCAGUGCUCCCUCUGCGCAGCCCAGAACCGCGGUGCCGAGAGCAGCGUCCAGCCCCUGAUGUGCCUGUGGGAAUGCCAGGGCUCCUUGUCACCCGGCCCUGAGUGGGAGAUGUGCAGGAAGGCACUGGCGCUCCUGGCCCCGCUGGUGGCCCUGGCCGAGGGGACAGAGCCAUCCCCACAGGAGGCGGAGGAGGAUGAGACAGAGCCGGAGCAGGGUCUGGGCACUGCAGAGCUGCUGCCAGCGCCGGCCAAGCGCUACGGGGGCUUCAUGAAGAUGAUGUCCAAGGCGAAGCUGCUGUCCCUGCUCCGCGAGAACGCUCACAGCAAGGGCGGCCUCAGCAAGAAGUCCGGGGGCUUCAGCCGCAAGCCGGGCGAGCGAGCGGCCCCCGAGGACUACCCGUGGCUGGCAGGGGACGGGGACGAGGAGCCCACGGGGGCCGAGGGGCCGGAGCUGCACAAGCGCUACGGGGGCUUCCUGCGCCGCAUCCGGCCCAAGCUCAAGUGGGACAAUCAGAAGCGCUACGGGGGCUUCCUGCGGAGGCAGUUCAAGGUGACUACGCGGGCAGACGAGGACCCCAGCGCCUACUCAGGGGAGGUCUCAGACCUAUAGAGCCAGGCGUGGCACGGCAGCACUGCGCUCCCCACACUGCCACCCCGACUGUGCCAUCGCCCCCAGCCCUGUCCCCUGCCCGGCCCAGUGUGGCUGGUGUCACCCUUGCCUCAUUCCCUCAGGGGACCAUGAGUUCCAUCCCAUUGUCCCUGUCUGGUUCACCUGCCCAUCCUGUGCGCGGAGGGGACAGUGCCACUCCUCCGGCUGCUGGUGGUGUGGCUGUGGCCCAGCCCAGGGUUCCCGGGGGUGCUGGGGACACAGAUCCUCCAUCCUCCCAUGGCUGCCAGAGCACAGCGGGGUCUGGAAACCACCAGAGCUGAGGUACAGGGCAGGGGGCUCCGAGCACUGGGAAGGGUGAACCAGGGCAGGAUCGGGGAGGCCACAAGCACAGGUGGCUGGUGGAACCACAGCACCAUCACCAGGUGUUCAAGCAGUGCUGAGCCCAGCCCUCACUCCCCUCCCCUCUCACAGUGUCCCACCGAUCCCAGCACCCACCUGGUGCCCCUGGGCUCCCCCUCCAAGAGCGACUCUAGAGGCAGGGUCAGCCCCAUGCCCCAACACCCAACUCCCCCCCGCAGUCAAUAAAAGGCAGAUGCCAAUGAAGCUGAAGCCAUGCUGGGUGCUGAGCCUGCUCUGCAGGGCAGAGCAAGCACCCCAAACUGGGGUGCCCAAAUGGGCCAGGGGUGCUGGCUGUGAGACCUGCAGGCAGCACAUGGUGGUAUCCUUCCUGUGCCAUGGGUGCCAAAAGAAAUGUGGGACUCCACACACCUCUAGAGCCAUAUCCUGAGGGUGGCAGGGCCAUCUCAGCUGAGCAAGUGUAAGGCAGGCAUGCUCAGCCUGCUGCAGGGGUGUGUAGGGUGCUGGCAAGUACCUCCUGCAGCAGCAGGCAGGGGAGACUCCCUUAGGAAUCACAGCUGCUGCCCAGCUGGGAAGGGACACUUGUGCUGAGGGCAGGGGGUAAACUGUCCCUUUUCU